GUUCCCCCACCCGCUGAUGCUGGGCUCUGGCAUGCACACCACGGGCAUCCCCCACCCCGCCAUCGUGCCCCACUCCGGCAAGCAGGAGAUGGAGCACUAUGACCGCAACAUGAAACCUCAACCAGAACCAAAGAGAGAGAAGGAAGCCAAGAAGCCCACUAUCAAGAAGCCCCUGAACGCUUUCAUGUUGUAUAUGAAAGAGAUGCGGGCGAAGGUCAUUGCAGAGUGCACCCUGAAGGAGAGUGCUGCCAUCAACCAGAUCCUGGGGAGGAGG